AUGUCUGACUCGGAAUUCGAAGGAUACACGCCCACGAAGCGUGCCAGACUUGAAGUGCCACUGGCAGCGCAAAUAUCGCCAAAUUCGCGGAUAAGGAAGCCAAAAUCUGCACACAACCAAAUUGCCAUGAUGAAAAUCGAUAACUCGGUGAAGAGGAGAAGAGAAUCUUUUGUUGUUCGCCCAGAUGACGUCUUAGCAGAGAAGAUUAAGAAACUUGAGGAAUUAUACGACGAUGCUUUUAGAUCUGAAGCUCAGGAAAACCCAGAGUUGUCAUUCAACGAGCUCAAUCUUCGAUCACUAGAAAGAAUUACAAGCUCAGAAGAGUUUCUCAAAGCAGCUGACUUGUUAGACCUGCCGGUCUUACUUGAUACAGAAACGCCGGUUCUCGAAAAAGUGGCGCUAGAAGAACAGCUCAAAGAAAUGAAACAUGACUUAGAAGAUAAUGACAAUGGCAUCCCGAUUCCAGACUUGAAGCUUCCAGAAGUCUUGGAAACAUCAGAUCAUCUUCAACGCGCCUAUCGUAUUAAACAGCUACCUCACGAUUCCUCCAUGCCUGUUGUCAUCACUUUUGUGUUUCUUCUUUUAGUGAGCGUUCUUGCAUUCAAUCAUCGUCGAAAAAUCGUCGCUUUUAUCUUGGAAGGGUUGGAGUCUCCAUAUUUGAGCCCUAAAAACAGCCCGCAGUAUCAAAUCAAUUCAACCUGGUCGAUCAAAGAUCCAAAAAAGCUUGAUGAAAGUUCAUUCCUCCGCACCCACAUUUUUGAUAGCGCAACGAAAAACGUCUCUGAAUUGAAAAACUGCGGCGGGGUUCGAGCAACGUCAGUGGUGAAGAUUUCUGAAGUUCGUGAAAAUGGCGAGUUUUUCCAGAUUGUUGAAAUUGGUGAGAAGAAAGAGCUGUUCAUUGAAAAAUGGAGCCAGGAACGCCGAUUGCAGCGACUUGACUUGAACAAGACCAUUACUUCUGUCCCUAAAGAUCUUGAAAUUAGUGGCGCACUUUCUGUAAGCCCUUGUGGACGAUAUGUUGUUUUCUCGGCAGAAACAAAGGGGCCCGAUGAGAAAUCUUUCUUUGAUGAAGCAAAAAGCGACAGUGAUAAGAAGGCAAAUGAUGAGACAGAGAAAGAUGAACCCGUUUUCGGUCAGAAAUUUUUGUCAAAGAAACCUUGGGGUGAGCAAAUGACGAAAACUGUAUCUCCGAAUUUGGUUCUUGUUGAUUUUGAAACAGAAAAGAUCGAAAAACUCGCUUUCGAAAACUCCUCCCUUGGCCAGCCGCAGAUUAAUUCAACUGGAAAUAUCUUGUUUAUGGCAUUGGACGAAAAGCCGUUCAAACUUGGGCGAAUAUAUUGCACAAAUCGACCGAUUGCGAUUUAUCAAACAUCCGUGGCCGAUUUCUCAAAGUAUGAGAAGCUUACAGAAGACGAUUACUCCGCAAGAAGCCCUAGAUGGAUCCCAGGCAAUGACAGUUCUUUUAUCUUUUUGAAAAGAUCAACUUACGGGCCGCAUUUGGAAUGCGACGCGCUGUGUCAAUUCACCGAUGGCAAAAUCCACGACAUCGUUCCAGUGAUAAAAGACUACCCGAAGAGCGAUACUGAAUUUGCUGGAAUUUACUGUACCGAGCUCAAGUCCUCUCCCUUCCUCAUCCUACCAUCCGGAGAACCGAUAAUUCUUCAAUCAACAAUCACUAAAUCUUCCGUGAUCGUCUUCGCCAUUUCUCUGGAUGGAUCUAUCCAGCGAAUAACCGAUCCGGGCAAAUCCUCCUACGUUUCUUCAAUUUGUGGCGAUUCAGCCGCCAUCAUCAGCUGCUCAGAAAACACAAGUGAAAGCGUUCACAUUCUCCAAAUGAAGAGCGCGACUGAUUUCUCCCUCGAAGAAGUCGUCCCCGCUUCAGAUUCCUUCGAACGAAUUCAAGAGAACUUUGAAUUGACUUCGAAGAGUAAAAGAAUUUUUGAGACUCACUUUACUGGUCGAGAAGGAAAUAAGAACUUGGCGCUUUAUCCUCAUGGUGGACCGAACUCAAAUACGACCAAGAGUUUUUCGACGACGUUUAUUGGGCUUGGAGAACUAGGAUACGAUAUUCUGAUGCCGAAUUAUACGGGCUCUGUCGGAUAUGGACAAGAUAACGUCUACGCACUCGGCGGAAAUAUUGGCGAUUAUGAUAUCGACGAUUGCCUCGCCGCCUUAGAUCAUCAUUUGGCGAAGAAAAGUUACGAAAACGUUUUCGUCUUUGGUGGUUCACACGGGGGUUUCUUAACUGCUCAUCUCACUGCAGCCCGGCCUGAUCAAUUCAGAGCCGCAGUGAUCAGAAAUCCUGUCAUUGAUUUAAACAGCAUGCACCACGUGACGGACAUUCCGGACUGGAACGAGUGGCAAGGGUUGAAUAUUCCGCCGCUUUUGGGAAAAUCACCGAUCGAGGAGCAAAUUCUAGAGCUUAGGAAACGAUCUCCGAUCGCAUACGCUCAUAAAGUUAAAACACCAACGCUGAUGAAUAUUGGUCUCAAGGAUCUAAGAGUUCCACCACCACAGGGAGAUCAAUGGAUCAAGGCCCUCAGAAGUUACGGAGUCACUUGCGAACAAUAUGAUUACCCAGAAGAUUGUCACCCGCUUGGGAGCACGGAAACUCUUGGCGACAUCUUUGUCCAUCUUCAUCGCUGGUUCAACAUGCACAAACAAUAG